AAGAGGCUUGUCCUGGGUGUGGACUUAAAAAGAGGGCAGGGUAAAAUAGUGGGCAGAUUGAGUAGAACUUGUGUUUGUACAUUUGGACACAGUCUGAAGUCGGUGUCUUUGAGAGCAGGAGGAAUUAGACUUGAAGAGACAAACAGCCACCUAACACACAGUCAUCAUGCUGAUUCUCCUCGCCGCCAUCUUUGUUCUCCACAUCGCCUGCAUCAUCAUCCUCCUGACGGCCACCAUUGACAAUGCCUGGUGGGUCAUCUCAGCCGGAAACUUGCCCACUGAUAUAUGGGCCCGCUGGGUUUUCGUGAAUAACUCAUGGCAUUCUGUCGAUCUUCCAACACACUACCCAGAGAGUUACCUCCAAGCAGUGCAGGCCAGCUCGGUGCUAGCUUGUAUAUUCUCCAUCAUUGGAAUCUUCGUGUUUGUGGCUCAGCUCUUCACCCUCCCCAAAGGACAGAGGUUCCUCGUCUCUGGUGUCUUUCAGUUCCUUGCCUGCCUGUGCAUCAUGAUCGCAGCCUCCAUCUACACAGACCGCUUCCAUACUAAUGAACAAAAUCUGGGUAGUUACGGCCAUUGCUUCAUUUUGGCGUGGAUCGCCUUCGCUCUCACAUUCCUCUCCUCCAUCAUUUACUUCGUGCUACGCAAGAAGACUGCUGAGUAGCUCCAGAAUUCAAACCUGGAACCCUUAACUGAAUCUGCUCUUCCAGCUAAAAUCUGGCUUUAAUUACAGUGUGUGGUCUGUGUUUACAUGUAUCUGUUUUGGACAUCAGAUUUGAGCUGCUAGUGUAUUUUCAGCUAUAGAUAUAGUAGAUCUGCUGAUCCUCCUCAAAUACAUACUGGUGUUUAACUGAGCCUGCUUUCAGAUAAUCGGAGUUUCGGGCUUAUUUCUGCAGGCUCAGUCGAUCACAGCUGUAUUUGAGUGUAUUUCCAGCCCAGAGUGGGGCUGGAUUUAUUGAGGGCAUCUAAUGAUAAACAAUCCUUUAUUUUUUUUAAUUACAUAAAAAAAGGCCUUAAUGUUUAUAAGAUGCUAUCAUAGACUAAGACCUAUUAAUAUCCCUCUAUUAUAAUAAAAAAAACAGUUUGUAAUGUACAUUUAUAAUAUGGAAAUGGGUGAGUUUUAUUGUUUAGAUUUUUUGUUGUUGUUAGUUUAUUGAUUUUUAAUUUUUAAUUUGCCCUUGUAUUACUUCAUACAGUGUGCCACUGAAUAAACAGAGUGAAAACAUAAUGCAAUCAACCCGUAGCUAAUCUGUUUGAAGUCUUACAUAAUAUAUAAAAAUAUAAUAAGACUAUACAAAGAUAUACGGUGGAAAGCCGAUAUUAUGAUGCUGCUGAGGUUGUGCUGUAAUUGUUUGUAAUUGGGAAGACACCAAAUCAAACCCUGGAGAUACAGUUUAAUACUAAAUGUAAAGGCAAAAUGAAUUUACUUUGUUUCAGCGUGAAACACAUAAAAGCCUUUUGGUUACGUUCUCAUGGAGUGUUUGAAAGUUGCCAUUUUACAUAACUCAAAGACUCAGCUGUCUUUUCUGGUUGUAAAUGUAAUCACAUUAGUUUCUAAAAGCAUAGAUUCGAUCACCCAGAUUAAACCUGCUUCCACACUGAAAGGCAACUGGCUUCACUCUUGGUGUAUGAGAUGUAGUGUGUAAAUAUAAUUUGUUUCCCAUGAUGCUCUGUAUGCUCUUGUUUAUUUUUGCUACCUUUGUACGUCAUGAUGAAUGACACUGACAGUGAUUUUUACUAUAUUAAAACGUGAUUUUCAAUCAGUUA